CCAGGGGCCCUUGGCGCGUGCGCUCCGUGCGACUCUGCUCCGCGGGACUUUGUUUGUUUCCUCCUCGUCCCUCUUUGUUGGGCUGAACACCGGCCUCGCCAAAGCCCCCCACUCCGGAGGGAGUUCGACUUCUCCAGCAGGGCGGCUGCAGCGCGCUGCCCCGACCCCGCCUGCGGCCCCUCACGCCACUAGUGCUCCCACCCCGCCUUCCUGGCACCCCGCCUGCGUCCGUUCGCCCUAGGAAGCCAACCGCGACUUCAUUGAUGCACCCAUUCCAGUGGUGUAACGGGUGUUUCUGUGGCCUGGGACUGGUUAGCACCAACAAGUCCUGCUCCAUGCCACCCAUCAGUUUCCAAGACCUUCCGCUCAACAUCUAUAUGGUUAUCUUCGGCACGGGCAUUUUUGUCUUCAUGCUCAGCCUUAUCUUCUGCUGCUAUUUUAUCAGCAAACUCCGGAACCAGGCACAGAGUGAGCGAUACGGAUAUAAGGAGGUGGUGCUUAGAGGUGAUGCCAAGAAGUUACAAUUGUAUGGGCAGACCUGCGCAGUCUGUCUGGAAGACUUCAAGGGAAAGGAUGAGUUAGGCGUGCUCCCGUGCCAACACGCCUUUCACCGGAAGUGUCUGGUGAAAUGGCUGGAAGUUCGCUGUGUCUGCCCCAUGUGUAACAAGCCCAUUGCUGGGCCCUCAGAGGCCACGCAGAACAUUGGGAUUCUAUUGGAUGAACUGGUGUGAGUGCUGCCACUACACCGAGACCUGGAGAAGACCUCUUGCCUCAUGGAUGCCUGGUCCCUCUGCACAGCUCCAACCAACAGGACUGUAGGGUGAUGAUGAUCACUUUCCCGGUGAUGGGAAGGGUGGUCUAGGGCUGGGUUUCCACCCUCAGUUCGAGACCAGUGCCAGACGUGCCCCCACUUCCUGCCUCCUGAAGCCUUCUUCCCUGCUACUCCAUGCUGGUGGCCUCUCCCAUCAAGACCACUGUCUCCCGGUACUGGACUAUCUACCUGCCUUGUCCCUGUAAUGGGGGAAGGCAUUCACCCCGAUCAAGAACAUGGAGAACAUCCUCUUUCAAGGCUCCCCUUAGGAGGAUGAGCUGCCCUGAUCCAGAAGGGAUGAGAUGGGCUCUGCCCUCUCUACAACCUUCCCUCCCCUUCCCACUCCUUCCAGAGGAAGGUUAGAAGGGAAGGAAGGAAAGAUCAGGGAACCAAGCACCUCCACGGGAGGCGAGGGAGGCUCUGUAUGAAACAGAAGAGCAGGGACCUAAAGGAAAAUGUCGAUGUUUACAUGGGACCUAUGGAAACAAAGGCUGGCCGGCGCCGGCUGACUCCAGGGUAAGAGAGGUCCCGUCCCCUGCCAGGACCCACGGUGCUAUCCAUUCAAUCUCUUCCUCAGUUAAUCUCGGAGCUUCCUAUUCUCUGUUGAGGUUUGCGGGCCCCUCUAGAGGAGGGCUAGUUCUAUGCUUAAAUGGAUUCCCAG